AUGGAGAGAAGGCCGAGGUACGAUCGUGGUGAUAAAAAACAAACGACAGCAGGUGUGCAUCCAGUUCAUCAGUCUGUUUUAUCAGCGGCGCCAUCUUCAUCAAAAGUCCAUCUCCCUCUCCCUCUCUUCCCACUUCUUGAGCCUUUCCAGUCCUCUCGUCUUCUGCCCCUCGUCCACAGGCAGCGGCAGCAGACUACGACCUGGAUGCCACGGCUGCUCCUGGGUCGGAUACUUGAUGGACUGUCGGAGUUGCUGUCGAGGUUGUUGAACUCAAACAUACUGAAGCCCGCUUUGAGAUUGGAGGCCGAAGUCUCACGUGAGCUGCUCAGACCUCACACUUGUGCCAAGUGCCAAUCAGACCUGUACAGCCCACGAUGUAAGGCGGCCUGUUGGCAAGCUUCAGAGUGGGGCGUGCUCUACUCAGGCUGUGGCGUGGGUUGA